UUGACCACUAAAGACCUCAGUUUAUCAUAGGUUUUUCGUUGAAUCUGGAAAUGUCAGAGCCAGAAUCCGAUGAAUUCUUGUUAGUCUAUUUUCCCACAUCAUUUUCCUCCCAAAAGGUCCUGUUUGCCUUGUUUGAAAAAGAAGUUGUCUUCAAACCAGUUUAUGUGAGUUUGUUUUCUGGUCAGCAUAAUGAGCCAUGGUAUGUGAGGCUGAAUCCUGAGGGAAGCCAUAUUCCUGUGUUGAAACAUGGUGCAAAGGUUUUUGCGGAACCAGCUGAAAUAAUUGACUACAUAAGUAAAUGCACUGAGAAUGCAGGUCAUCCACUGGUGCCAAGUCUGGACUCUGCCCUUGGGAAAAACGUGCAGGAAUUGCGAGAGAAGUUGGACGCUGUUCCUGCAGACAUAUUGACAUAUGGAGUGAUAUACCAUCCACAGCUGUCUAGCUCCGGAUGUAACAUACCAUACGCGACACAAAAUAGUAUGAAAGAAAAUUUUGCUAGAAGGAUGAGCAUGUUGACUGAACUCGCAACCAAGCACCCGGACCUACGAGACAGCUACCUGGUCAAAAGUCAGACAACGGCACACAAGUUUGACAUCAUCACAGAGGAGGCACAGGUUGCGGCCCAGCUUGACAGUCUUGUGCCGUUAUUUACAGAUAUUGAAAAUCAAUUGAAAAAAAUCAAAGAAGAGGGUGCAGAUUACUCUGACGAGUUGUGGUUGUUUGGACCAAUGUUCACUGCUGCUGAUAUUAGUCUUUCAGUAUUACUUAACCGUCUUGCGUUACUCGGACUAGAUGGACGAUAUUUUUCAACAGCAAAAUGUCCUUGUAUUCAUCAGUAUUAUUGGCAAGUUAAAAAGAGAGCAGCAUUUCAAAAAAUAGAAAAGGAGAUAGCCAACCUGAAAAUGACACUGUUUUGGGAGAAUUUCAAGACGGCAUCACCGUAUAUUGCGGGUGCAAUAGGCGUUGGAGCCGCAGUUGGGACGGGGUAUUAUAUAUACAAGAAAUUAGAUAGCUGAGAGUAAUUUAUAUAUGUUUAAAUUUAAGUCUAGGCAAAUAUUUAAAUGAAUUUUGUAGUCAUAUGUGAUAGCUUGAUUAAAAAAAAUAUUUAAGACAGUUACAACAGUAUGUACUUGACUGUGUUAGAAUUUUAAAAACAUAUGGUCAUGUUUAUUGAAUAAAAAAUAUAAUGUUGAUAGACACGUGUUUUCAGAAUGGCCCUGAACCAGAUCUAUUGUCUUUUUGGGCCGGAAGCAACAGUCAGAGGGCCAAUAUAAUAGGACAUGGAUCUUCUACUGGGCCAUUGUGAAAGCACAUGUUUAUUGAUGAUUUUAAUACAUGAUCAUUUUAAGGGGAUACUUGGGUACUUUUUAUGCCCCCAAAGGGAGACAUAUUAGUUUUCAACUGUCCAUCCAUUCGUCACAACGUUAACUUUUUGCAUGAAGGCACUUUCCUCGGGAACCACUGCACCCAGGACCUUCAAACUUCACAUGCUGAUAGUACUUAUUGAGUACAUGACUUUGGGGUCACCAUGUCAAGGUCAAAGGUCAAGGCGCUGCAGGGGCAUUUGUCACCAUUAGUGACAGCUCUUGUUUCAAGAGAUAUUUCCAUGACUCUUCUGUACUAAAUUACUCAACCAUUUAAAAGAAACAGAAAGAGGCUAUGUUAAUUGUUAUGGAAUUAAGUCUUACUUUAUAUAAAUAGUCACUGUAUGACCUUAUUAAAAGUCGCAAAAGCGUGACAAAUUUUCUGAUCAAUAAUCUGACCAAGAAACUAUUAUCUUGCCUUGCACAUAUUAGUAAAAAUGAACUAUAUUUAAAAAAGCAAAUUACGAUAAUUUAUCUCAAUUUUUAUGUGUUUCCCUAACCUGGAAUACAUGGGUUAGGCUAGCAAAAUGAUGAAAAUUGCACACUGAUGUUGUCAAAAGUAAGACAAAAUCUUUCAGUGUUGAUUAAGCAUGGCAACAAGAUACAAAAAAAACACCAAUUCCAUAAUCAUAAAAAGAAUUUGAAUUUUUCAUCCACACAUCUGCCUGUGUAGCCCUUUGAAAUGUAUUGUUAAUAUAAGAAAAUAUGCAUGUCAUUAAGAUAAUCUCACUUGAUUAGUGGCUUCGUAAUAUCUGAAAUAAAAUUUAAGCAAGGCCAUAGAAAUUGCAUGUCAUGAGAAAUAAAAUGGUUUAUUAUAUACCGUACUAUUAAUAUGAAUAAAUUUGUACAGGAUAGAAACCUGUAACAAAUACCAGACAGAAGCCUGCACAGUAAAUUGUUACUGGCAAGCCAUUGAUAUUGGACAUCAUUUUUGAAGUUACUUCAGUCUGUGUUAAAAAAACAGGCCAUUAGAAAAUAAAAGUCAUGUCAGUUACGUUAUGGUAGACAGAAUUAUUAGCACUCCUAAGCCUAUAUUGGCACUAGUGCUUUGCCCUUGUGCAUAUACACUGCAAAUGUAGUUGUGCUAAUAACCACUAAAAGCAUGUUGUUGCCGUUAAGUAAGUACAUGUAUAUAGUAAAGGACCAGUCAAAAACGAGAGAAAAAAUCCACAUUGCCCAAUUGUUACAAACCUUUUAAGUAGUGAGCAUGCAGAAAUGACAGUUAUAGGGCCUAUUUAUUAUAAUCAUGUUAAAAAAAUCUUACCGGUAAUCAGUCUAGUUUAGCUCAAUAUUUUUAAGUAAGUUUAAGAAAAGUGUUGCUAAUUUCACAGAGCUCCGUUUAACUGCAUGAUAAGUGCAGUAAAACUUUUCUACAUGUUUUACUGACUGCUUACCAAAUAUAUUUAUGCCAACAGCGUUGAAGACCCCGGAAGGCAUAUAGCAUUUGAAUUGCCAGUCUAUCACUCCCUCUGUCUGUUGUUCCAUCCAUCCAUCAUACUUUUUUGUAUACUCAACUCCUCCUACAGUUUUCUUCCAUUUCAAAUGGUAUAUUUUGUCAACAUGAAGUGAGAAUCCACAUAUUUUUGGCUCUUUCAUGUCAAAUUGUAUUCUAUCCAAAAUUUUCAGGGGACAUGUGUCAUGCAGUGACACACUCUUAUUGUUUUCCCCCUUAUUUACAAUUGCUAACAAAUGAUAAUAAUUUUGAAAAAUAUAUAAUAAAACAUUGAAAGUCCUAACAAAUGAAAAUGUUUUAUCAAUUUCUAAUAAUUUGUAAUAAAUCUUCGAAAGUCAUUGAACUUUGAAUACACCAAGCUUGUAUAUUAUUUUUUUUGCAUGUAUUGAGGUUUUAACCAGACAGAUAUUAUGAUUUUUAUUUAUAUUAAGAUAUUUUAUUGUUACGUUUAUUGUACAGUAUAUUCUUACAGACAGGUUGUAUAUAUGACCAUAUUUAAUACAAGUUUUAUCCCAUAGUUAAAGAUAUGAUACUUGUUGUAGUGAUACUGAUGAUUUAUGGAUUUGGUCAAGUUCAAAGACUUGUGUAUGUAAACAAAAAAACUCCUGUAAUGUUCAGAAAUAGGUCAAAUAAAGCCAACUUUCAUGUUUUGUUAUGCCCCCGAAGGGAGGCAUAUUAGUUUUAAACUGUCUGUCCGGUCGUUCGUUCGUUUGUCACAACGUUAAUUUUUUGCAUGAAGGCACUUUACUCGCGAACAACUGCACCCAGGACCUUUACUCGCGAACAACUGCACCCAGGACCUUCAAACUUCACAUGCUGGUAGUACUUACUGAGUACACAACCCCUACUGACUUUGGGGUCACCAGGUCAAAGGUCAAGGCGCUGCGGGGGCAUUUGUCACAAUUAGUGACAGCUCUUGUUUUCUUCAAAUUUUAUUGCCAGCCUGACUGAUAUUUGAAACUUCUUGCCAUUUUAAAAUCUCUGCCAAGAGACCCUACCUUUGAUUUUAUCAAAUGUUUUUGUUAUAGUUUUAGGAAAGAAAAGAUCUUUUUUGUUUUUAAAUACAGAAAUGAAAAUUUAUAUCUAGUCAUUUGUGGUUGUUCCAUUAGCUACAACAUGUAUGUCGUUUUAUUAUUUAUAUGUAAAUUGAUUCUUAUUACAGAGACUUGUUUUAGUUUAAAUGUUUUAUUUGUAUUAAGUUGUAAUGGCAGGUUGUUUUUCUUAUUUGAUUCUUAAAGUUUUUGCAUUGUUUGUAGUGUUUAAAUGAUCUGAAUUUACGGAUACGUUUCCGUCUUUUUAUUUUGAUUCUUUGUAUGUUUUUAUCCAUCUGAAGCCAUUUUCUGGCAUUGUAAGUCCUUCUUGGGAGAUGGUAAUGUAGGUAGGUACUUGCAAAGUUGGACAUCAAAAUCGAAAAAAUACUCUCUUAUGAAACUUUCGCAUCGUACUUUCACUCGUUAAAAUUGUCCUGCUGCACUACUAAAAGUGUUUGCAAGGGGUGAAGCUGGUGAAAACUUGGUACAAUGACUUUUUGCUGAAUCUUCACCAGACUUGGAAAUUGAAGCAUAUUCAAAGAAUUGGAACCACUGCCUUACCCUUGCAUGAUCGUAAGAGGCGACUAAUAGGGUCUUAACACUUGGUUUUGCAGUAACUCUGUGAUUCCAGCAGGUAUGCAAAUUUUGGUUCCAUACCUCAUGUUUUUAUUUCGAUGUAAAUGAGAUGUGGACCCAAAAUUUGUAGUCCUGUUUGGCGCCAUAUAACCUAUACUGUGUUGGUGCGCCAUAAAACCCAAAUAAAUAAAUAAACAGUAACCUUUACAUAAGUUUGUUCAAGCAACUAGUAGCAAGUUCAUUGUUCAAACAACUAGUAGCCAGCUCUAUAGUUUAAUGGUACUAACAGUCUUGUUAUAAUAAGCAGAUUAGUCAUGUCACAGCUCGCCUGUUUUGAUUGUACAAGUGUUGAUUUCUUGGUCGUUUUGUCUGUUUUAUUAAAAAUAAAAUUGGUCUGACCUUUGAAAUUUUAGAUUUUCGUGAUAAAUCUUGUGUUACAAUUAUAGUAACAUAACAAAUGAUAACAAUAACUAGUUCAAAAUUGUAGUCAGUGGCUAAAUUGUGCAUUUAAGUAUUAGCCUGUAAAAAGAGUGGAGAAAGAAGUUGUGAAAAAAACUUCUACAUUUUAUAUUGUAGUGUGUUGAAGCUGUGAAAUUAUCUUUUGUUUGUAUGUAAACUUAUUUAUACUCACCACUGGUAACCAAUGUGUGCGACUCCUCCAGAGGACUAUUUGUAAGUUUUUAGUUAGAGGUUAGUGCAAGAUAGGGAAGAUGCUCCAAUUCGAGAAGUUUCCCAGGUUCUUUAUCAUGCCAGAUGGAAAGCACCCAUACACAAGACUCUAUCCCAAUGUUCGGAAUGUAAUUGGAGUACUUGGGGCUCAAACUCAUGACCCCUGGUUUUAUGGUCAAAACAGUGUUACAACAGGACCACUCUGUCUACUCUUGUGCUUUUAUCUGUUCCAUAUGACUGUGUUCUUUAUGCACAGGCUUGACCCGAGUUUUCUACUCACGAGAAGUCACAAAGUAUACACAUUUAGAUUUUUGGGAAUAUUUUAAACAAAACUACCAUUUCAGUCUACUCAAUUACAGAAUAAUCAAGUGAAGUAGAUUUUUGCAAUUUUACAUAAAAUUUGUACAGUUGAAUUUGUAUUAAUUCUAGCCAAGGGAGCCACUCAAUAUGAUUGUGUAAGACAGGUAGCUGCAUAAGUCAGGUUCAAAUUAGAACAAAAAAUCUAUUUGGGAAGUUAACUAACUGGCUGCAGAAGGCAAGUGUUUGCUUAUUACAGGCAGCCACGAUGGCAGAAUUAACUGCUUACCAUAGGAAGAUGAUAAGAUACUCCUGUGCACUGAUAUUUUGUUAUUCAAAAAGCAUUUAACUAUUUCAGACUCUUACAAAGUAUGGAUUUGUACUUUACAGUACUACAGAAGAACCUCUUUAAAUUGGACAGCCUUGAAACCAAAGGACCAGUUCAUUUUCAAGGAAUGUCCAAUUUGGAGGGUUUUAAAUUAAACAAAUUUAUGACUAAGAUAAUUAUUUAUUUUUGAGAGGCUUUCACUUUUCAGGGUUUUUGGUUAAAGAGAGGUCCCACUUUAUCAUAAAAUGAGCCGUGCCAUGUGAAAACCAACAUAAUGGCUUUGCGACCAGCAUGGAUCCAGACCAGACUGCGCAGAUGCGCAGGCUGGUCUGGAUCCAUGCUGGUGGCAAAGCCACUAUGUUGGUUUUCCCAUGGCACAGCUCAAAUGUAUUUACAUGAAGUGUCCUAACAAACAAUCUGGUACCUUACAGCUGUUUUCAUUUUUACCAAAAAAUAUAUGUGCAACUUGCUAAAAUAUUAGAACUUUGAAACAGUAGAAAAUGACAGUUUCUUAUUCUAUAUUACACAGUUAUAAUUGCUUUAUGUACUGCAGAUAAUGUAUUUUUCACAUUGUUUUUUUUCUUCCAUAAUAGGUGUAAAAUAAAAAACUUUGUUUGAACAUAAUGCGGGUUUAACUUAAUAGGCACACACUUUUGUAACUCCAAGUUGCACAUUCUUCAGAUAUUAGCAAAAUUUAAAACUAUUGCAAAUAUAGUCAUUCCUGUGCAAAACCAAAAACAAACUUGAAAUCAGGAACCACCUGGCAAUAAACACCAGUAGUUUCAUUUCCUAGUUAAACAUUUUCAGUUUGUUUUUUCCUGUGAAUACAGACCACCUGUACAUAAUAACCACUGUUAUUAUAUACCUGUAUAAAUUCUGUCAAAAUUACGGCUUGUAUUUUACAGUACAAACAGACAGAAAAAUGUGUGUAUUGUACCUUUUGUAUUAGAUGUUGCCGGGCUACUUCCAUAAAUAUUGAUGACAUGACACAGUUCUAUAAAUAGUGCACACAAAAACUUCGCUCAGUUCUAUUUAAAUAUUGAUAUGCUGUUAACCCUUGCCUUGCUAAAUUUCUAUAACGAACUUGUCCAUCUUCCAAUUUCGACAGUACCAUUAACUGUUAAAAGGGGUGCUUACCAAAAAAGAUACUGACUGAAGGACAAACAGUGCAGAUCAUGAUCAGACUGCAUGGAGGUGCAGGCUGAUCAUGAUGUACACUGGUCACAAAGGCAGAAUCGAUCAUGUCCAGCAUGGUAAGGUAAAAAUUUCGUUCUAUAACAAAACAAACCAAAAAGCAGAAGUAUAUAAUAAAAAAAAGUCAUUAUACAGUAGCUAAAUCUGGAAAUAUGUAUUCGGCUCUCGUGGAUUUUGCAAGGUCUGAUCACUCUCGGCGUUUGUGUGCCUUGUGAUAUCCGAUCUGACAAAGUUAUUUUCCUUUUUCCCAGACAAACUGUUAUACCAAAUCUACAGCAAUUUGUUAUUGUGUUGUCGCUUGUGUUGUGUUACUUGUAGUGUAUGAUAUUUUAACAAUUAUUUAUUUAUACAUUUAAUACUGCAUUUACUUGUGUUCCAAAACUGCUCCAUGUCUUUAUUGUGAUACUCUUAAUUUUGUGUAAUAUGUAUCUAUUUAUAGUUAUGUUUAAUAAAGACAAAGAAAACA